CUGCUGCUGCCGAUGCUAGAUCAGAUAUUCCUCUAUACUACCCCAUAUGGAAUGGAGCCCUGAUUGGCGGAGAAAUCCGCUCCGCCUCUCCAUCCGGGGAAACUCCGCCCUGCCGUCUUUCUUCCCCUCGUCCUUACUUUGUGUGUUGGAGAAAGCAACAAUUAAUCUCUUUCUGCCUCAUCGCAGUGCAAAUGUCGUUCGUGGGCGCUUUCCAUCGGUCGUCCUGGUGCUCUUCUCUUCUCCCUGUCAGAUCCGUCUGAUGAAACUCUACCCGGCAAUUCCUUCCUUUCGUCGAGUCUGGAUCAUCCUAUUUGUGGUCUUGUUUCUAUCCUCAAUGCUACUCCAAGAAUAUCUUCCCUGAUUUGUUCCGUUUUGUCUCUUUGGGUCGUAUUCUUCCUGCUCUAUCUCUCUCCCUAUCUGUAACUGUCAGACUCUGUCUCCCCUUCCUUCUUUUCCUUGAUUUCUCUCUCGACCAAGUAUGAAAACGCGCAGUUCAAUUGUUAUGCGAUGA